ACUGAAUCCUCGAAUACAAUGAUUGGAAAACCAGAAGAUGUGAGAGGAAUAUCUGGUGGCGAGAGAAAGAGAUUAGCCUUUGCUUCAGAGUUAUUAACGAACCCAUCGAUCAUGUUUUGCGACGAACCGACCUCUGGUUUGGAUUCAUUUAUGGCGUUAAGUGUUGUGGAAGUGCUCCGAGAUUUAGCGGCUUCCGGGCGAACCAUAGUCUGCACUAUACAUCAGCCCUCUUCAGAAGUGUUCACUAUAUUCAGUCACUUGUUACUUAUGGCAGAGGGAAGGGUCGCUUAUUUGGGAAAAUUAGAGAAAGCGAUCGAAUAUUUCUCAACUCUGGGUCUCUUCUGUCCAAAUAACUACAAUCCCAGCGAUUUCUAUAUCAAACAAUUGGCUGUCAUUCCCGGCAAUGAAACUCAAACUAAG